CUCGGCCAAAAGUGUCUAUUUCACACUCAGGAAUGAGGAAGCUCUUGCCUGCAGGAACCUGAGUCCGUCUGGUGAAAUCACGUUUUCACUGCAUGUUUAGAACAAAGCGACUGAGAGUCAUGAUGGGACGCCACUGGAGAUUAAACAAUCUGAGCUCCGUACUUCUCCUGUUUUUCUUUGGGACACGUUUCGUCGGUGCUGCAGGAGGUCAUCAACUUUGUUUUACCUAUGGAUGCUUUGACUCAAAUGACACACAGCUCUAUGUGACAUUGGACGACGAUGAAUUGUAUUAUGCAGAUUUUAAAAACAACGCCAGUGUCUUUGACGACAAAAUAAUAAGCAGUGUCCGAUCUAAAUAUGCAUACAAAUAUGGAGAAAUAUGCCAACGUGUGUGUUUAAAAGAUAUACAUCGAUGGAAACCAGACCCAGAUGUUAGAAGGGCUAAAGAUCCACCAGAAGUGAUUAUUUACACCAAAGAUGAAGUGAUUGAAGAUGUAGAGAACAGUCUUGUGUGUUUUGCCAACAACUUUUUCCCGCCUGCCAUCGACAUCAGGUGGACCAAGAAUGACAAAGAGGUGGCAGUGGAAGAUCCCUUCAUCAAAACUAUUUCCAACUCUGACGGGACGUUUCAUGUUUUCUCCUACCUGAACUUUGUUCCAAAGCAAGGAGACAUUUACAGCUGCACUGUGGAACAUGAAGCCCUGGAGGAACCCAAGACCAGGUUUUGGGAUGUUGAAACAGAGGAGAUGAGUGUGGGUCCAACCGUCUUCUGUGCACUUGGUCUGACUCUUGGGCUGCUUGGAACUGCUGCAGGAACUUUCUUUUUAGUGAAAGGAAACCAGUAUUGUGUAACAGUGUAGGUACUGUCAGGCUUUGCAAACAGGUUUUUCAUUUAGGAUUCCUCUUUUUAAAAUCACUUGGGACCUUUUGCUGUUUGCAACUAAUGUUCUCUGAGUCAUUGUUAAUUCAUAUGAAAUUAGGUGUUAUUAAAGUUCUUUUUUUUUCAUUUUUAUAGCUUUAGGUUGAAAAGAAAUUGUUCAAUAAGUGUAUGUACUGUAAAAUAUUGGUGUGUGUGUGGAACGUGUUUUUAAACUGAGUGGCCAGUACGCUAAAGUUGUACCUUUGAUGCAUUAAAUUCAUUUUUCAGUGUGUAACCACUUGUGUAAAUGUUGCCAUGCCUGAGUAAUUUGGGAUUAAACUAAUACAAUAUUCUUA